UACAGCCACCUGGACCCCAGGCGGUGUGGGGCGAGCCUAGGCGUGAGAUGUGGGCACGCCCAGGCCUCUCAUCACAUGUACCCUGACCUGCAUAUACCUGUGUGGGUCUGGCACCAGAGGGCGGGACUUGUGAGUGUUUCUGACCAUGAAGUAGAGAUGAGGUCAGGCUUGGGGAAUGUCCCAGACGGCUUAGAGGACCCUGGAGCCCACCCCAGAGCCAGCCAGCCCUCGUCCUGAGACAACUUCCACCCCACCCCAGCCAUCCGACUAUGAGUGGGGGAAGGCAUGGGACCCUUAAGGGGCUCCUCGGCUGGGUUUGUGGUUGGACCAGAGCUUGGAGAGCGGGACUGGGCACCGCGGGCUGCGGACUUCCUGGGCUGUGUCCUGGAGAGCCGUCCCGUGUGGCUGAGGUCGGUGAGGUUCUAGAUAGUUAACGGAUGGGGUGUCUAAAUUAGAUGGGACCUCUGGGGCUCAUGCCAUGAGGCUCAGAGCUGGGAUGUGGCAGGCUGGGUGGGAACAGGAGCCAAGUGGAGGCCAGCAGGGCAGUGAGGCUUCCGGGUGGCAGGAUGGGAGAGUUAGAAGCCACUCGGUUCACCUUCCUGCCCUGUUGUCCCCGGCAGACUGUAGGGCAGGUGAUCAUAGGAAGUGGGGGGUCACCUGCGGGUGGUGUCCGCUGGGUCUGCGUGUGGGCCUCCACUCCUCCACCUUCUCGUCUGUGUCCCUGUGUGUCACUAUUCGGAUGACAGCAUCUGGGAGAGUAUGUCCCAGCCAUGGUCAGCUAGGGCCCGAGUCAGGUGGUCACAUCCCCAGGAAGCGAACUACAAGGGGAAGGUGGCCGCUGUGGGGAACCUGUGUCAGAGCUGGUGUGCAGAGUCCCAUAAGGACUGACGCCGGCCAGGACAGUCACACUGGGGGCGGGUCUAUGGCGUCGCCUCCCUCCCUCCCUCCGCUGGGGGCCUUUUCCUGUGUUGGGGACUUGCCCGCCAAUGAGGGCCAGGCCCAUCACGUGGGUCUGACAGCUGGGGAGGGGGUGGCCCUGAGCAAUGUGGUCCAGAGACAAUCAGCACCAGGAGCUGCCGGGCUGAGACCCCCCCAGGGCUGCUGUCCACACCUGGGGCCACCAGGACUGGCUCCACCAUGUUCUCUAGGAAGAAACGAGAACUUAUGAAAACCCCCUCUAUUUCCAAAAAGAACCGCGCGGGGAGCCCCAACCCGCAGUCUUCCUCAGGGGAGCUGCCCAGGAAGGAAUGUACAGAGGCUCCAGGCCCGGAGCCAUCAGCCGCGUCCCUGUCCGCGGGCACCAAGGCCACAGGCACACUCAAAAGACCCACCAGCCUGAGCCGUCAUGCCAGUGCCGCCGGCUUCCCGCUCUCAGGGGCUGCCACCUGGACCCUGGGCAGGGGCUACCGAAGCCCCCUGUCCGCUGCCAGCCCUGCAGAGCUCCCCGGUGAGGGACCCUUCCCUGAGGGCGUAGAAGACAUCUCAACCCUGUUGGCUGACGUGGCCCGCUUUGCUGAGGGCUUGGAGAAACUCAAGGAGUUUGUGCUGCGAGAUGACCUCCUUGAAGCCCGGCGGCCGCUGGCCCAUGAGUGUCUGGGUGAAGCCCUGCGCGUGAUGCGCCAGGUCAUCUCCAAAUACCCGCUCCUGAACACCGUGGAGACGCUCACAGCUGCCGGCACGCUCAUUGCCAAGGUCAAAGCCUUUCAUUAUGAGUGUAACAAUGAAUCAGAUAAGAGGGACUUUGAGAAGGCUCUGGAGACCAUUGCUGUGUCCUUCAGCUGCACCGUCUCUGAGUUCCUUUUGGGUGAAGUGGAUAGCAGUACCCUUCUGGCCGUGCCCCCCGGGGACCCCAGCCAGUCCAUGGAGAACCUUUACGGACCCAGCAGCGAGGGGCCCCCGCCCAGUGUGGAGGAAUGUGAGGAGGGCUGCCUGCCCCCUGAGGAGGUGGACAUGCUUCUCCAGCGCUGUGAGGGGGGCGUGGACGCUGCCCUGCAGUACGCCAAAGACAUGGCCAAGUACAUGAAGGACCUCAUCAGCUAUCUGGACAAGCGGACCACUCUGGAGAUGGAAUUCGCCAAAGGUCUACAGAAGGUUGUUCACAGCUGCAGACAGAGCGUCACCCAUGAGCCCCACAUGCCCCUCUUGUCCAUCUACUCACUGGCCCUGGAACAAGAUCUGGAGUUUGGUCACGGCAUGGUGCAGGCGGUGGGCACACUGCAGACCCAGACCUUCAUGCAGCCCCUGACCCUGCGGCGGUUGGAGCAUGAGAGGCGCAGGAAGGAGAUCAAAGAAUCCUGGCACCGGGCGCAGAGGAAGCUGCAAGAGGCAGAGGCCAACCUGCGCAAGGCCAAGCAGGGCUACAAACAGCGCUGUGAAGACCACGACAAGGCCCGGCUGCAGGUGGCCAAAGCCGAGGAGGAGCAACAGGGCACGGGGCCCGGGGCGGGCACGGCAGCCUCCAAGGCCCUGGACAAGAGGCGGCGGCUGGAGGAGGAGGCCAAAAACAAGGCCGAGGAGGCAAUGGCCACUUACCGCACGUGCGUGGCGGACGCCAAGACCCAGAAGCAGGAGCUGGAGGACACGAAGGUGACGGCGCUGCGGCAGAUCCAGGAGGUCAUCAGGCAGAGUGAUCAGACCAUAAAGUCGGCCACCAUCUCCUACUACCAGCUGAUGCACAUGCAGACAGCUCCGCUGCCUGUGCACUUCCAGAUGCUGUGCGAGAGCAGCAAGCUGUACGACCCGGGCCAACAGUAUGCGUCGCACGUGCGUCAGCUGCAGCGAGGCGAGGAGCCCGACGUGCGCUACGACUUCGAGCCUCACGUCUCCGCCAACGCCUGGUCCCCAGUCAUGCGCACACGGAAAGGCAGCUUCAACCCUGGGGACGCCGCAGGACCUGAAGCUGCGGGCAGCGCCCCCGAGGAAGGCGGCACCCCCGAGGGCGCUCCCGGCAAGGACCACAGGGGUGGACGUGGUCACCAGGUACACAAGUCCUGGCCCAUCUCCAUCUCGGACACCGAAGUUGGCCUGGACACCGGCUCAGGGGACUUCAAGAAGUUCGAUCGAACGUCGUCCAGUGGGACCAUGUCAUCCAGUGAGGAGCUGGUAGAUCAGGAAGCCGGCCUGGUGGCCUCAGCCUUUGACUCGGCCGACCUCAAUGGCAUGGACCCCGAGCUACCUGUGGCCAUGCCCAGCGGACCCUUCCGCCACGUGGGACUGUCCAAGGCGGCUCGCACACACCGACUUCGGAAGCUACGCACGCCGGCCAAGUGCAGAGAAUGUAACAGCUACGUGUACUUCCAGGGCGCUGAGUGUGAGGAGUGCUGCCUGGCUUGCCACAAAAAGUGCCUGGAGACUCUGGCCAUCCAGUGUGGCCACAAGAAGCUCCAGGGCCGCCUGCAGCUGUUCGGACAGGACUUCACCCACGCAGCCCGCGGCACCCCGGACGGCGUGCCCUUCAUUAUCAAAAAGUGCGUCUGCGAGAUUGAGCGGCGGGCGCUGCACACCAAGGGCAUCUACCGGGUCAACGGCGUGAAGACGCGCGUGGAGAAGCUGUGCCAGGCCUUUGAGAAUGGCAAAGAGCUGGUGGAGUUGUCGCAGGCCUCGCCCCACGACAUCAGCAACGUCCUAAAGCUGUACCUGCGGCAGCUGCCGGAGCCCCUCAUCUCUUUUCGCUUUUACCAUGAGCUGGUGGGGCUCGCCAAGGACAGCAUCAAGGCCGAGGCCGAGGCCAAGGCAGCGAGCCGGGGCCGGCAGGACGGGUCCGAGAGUGAGGCUGCGACCGUGGCCAUGGUGGGCCGCCUGCGUGAGCUCAUGCGGGACCUGCCCGCGGAAAACCGGGCCACACUCUUGUACCUGCUGAGGCACCUGCGAAGGAUCGUGGAAGUGGAGCAGGACAAUAAGAUGACCCCUGGGAACCUGGGCAUCGUCUUCGGACCCACGCUGCUGCGGCCGCGGCCCACCGCGGCCACCGUGUCCCUCUCCUCCCUGGUAGACUACCCGCACCAGGCCCGCGUCAUUGAGACUCUGAUCGUCCACUAUGGCCUGAUCUUUGAGGAGGAGCCAGAGGAGGCACCUGGCGGCCAGGAGGGGGCCUCCACCCACUGUGCCCAGCUGGAGGCCACUGAGGGCCUUGUCUUCCCCCUGCAGGAGGUGGAGGAUGGAGGCCGAGAAUCCCGAGUGGCAUCCAAUGACUCAGACUCGGAGUUGGAAGAGGCCUCUGAUCCCCUGUCGUCCUCCGACGCCAGCGCCCUGCACCGCCUCAGUUUCCUGGAGCAGCCCGAGGCCGAGGCAGGUCUAGAGGAAGGUCCCCAAAGCCGCAGCGGCAGUGAGGAGCAGCUGGAGGGUGAGGAUGGAGAGCCGGGCCAACAGCUGUACGCCUUCAACACCAACCAGUCCAACAACACCGCCCGGGCCCCUCUGCCCGCCAUGCGGCUGCGAGGGGGCCAGAUCACAUGUCACACCAGUGGGGACCGCCGGCCACAGUUCGUCUGAGCUGGGUAGUGAUGGUGGGGACUGUCAGCCCACUGCCAACCACUGUAAGGGUCACUAACGGCCCUUGACUUGCGGGGGUUGGCUUCCCACAACACCAAGAAACUUCAGGGAGCUCAGGGGCCCUGGCACUGUGGGGUGUGGCCCGACUCAGCUGGACAUUGGUCCCGGAUGGAGUUGCCUGACUUCCGUGCGCCUGUGCCGAUGCAGCAGCUGGAUUCGCAUGGUACCCUCAUCUCUCCUGUGGUCCCCAUCAGCCCGGGGUGCAAGCCACACCCUUCUCUGGAUGUGUCUGGAUGGGAGCACCAUCAGGGUUAGAGGCCUUUCAGGAUGCUGUGAGUGCAGGCCUGGCUUCUGUGUGCGGAGCUGGGGUGGCUCUGGUGUCAGGAUUCCUGCAGAACGCUGCGCAUGCGCAUGGAUAGAUGGGAGUGGGGUACACAGCGCACCUCUCCCAAGGUGCAGUGGACAAGUUUUUCACAUGCACCCCAUUUUGCUUGAAAUAAACUUCUUAAUCUCCUGA